AUGCCCGUACACCUUCAUAGUGAAACUAGCAUCAUUGAUGACAUUAACCCUUCGAUAUCCAUGGAAGAUAUGAUUAACUCCAAGAAUGUAUCGGUGCGUCCUUUUGUUAUGACACACGAUUCUCUGCGGCGGCAUAAUGCCAAAUCGGAAUAUAAUGGUAAUAAGAUAAUGUUAACGAAUAAAGAAGAGUCUAAUGAGGUGAUCGACGGAAUCAACUAUAGCAGUAACACCACACGACCCUCUCUUAAUUCUUCAUUACCUUCGUUACCACGAAGAAAAUCCUCCGUAUUAGAUAUCUCUAGUUUAUUAUGCGAUUUACCUUCUUCUCCAUCUCCGGCUUACGAUUCUUCUAUCGAUGGGGAUAGUAGCAUGGAUGACUUGUCAACAACAAGUCAACUUGGUGAUACUGAAUCCUUGGAUUCUCCACGUUCUUGUCACAAUAUUCGCGUUGUAUCAACUCCUGAUACCUCUCCUCCUCUCUCUCCUCCUGUCGUAGAAAAAGAUGAAAAACCUUCAAUCGUUAAUUCUAAUUUACCUCAUGAUAAUAUGAGAUAUCAAGUUUGGAAUAAACGUCCUCACGGUAAUCAGGAUGUUCCAAUUGUUAGACCUGUACUACCUUCAAUUAAAACUUUCGCUUCAUCUCCUAAUCUGAGAUCUGAUAUUAAUGGUAACUCCGACUUACCUCAUAUUACAAAUUGUGAAAAUGGGAAUCUGGAUUCCCGAAAGUCUUCUUGGAAUCAUAAUCAACCUCUUGAACAAUUUGCUGCUUUUACUUCAGAAACUUAUC